AGCCAUGUUGGCUCAAGUCACUUUGGCUCGAGAUUAUUAGGGCUCACGCUUUUCAGGUGUUACACUCAGAGGUUUGACUAUGCGCCUCGACCAUGAGGAUGCUGGAAUUGUGCCGCAGGCCAAGGAGAUGACAGCGGCUCGUCACUUGGUGGAGUCGACCGUUUACCGCGAGGACGUGCUAGAUUUGGGUCACUCGGCAGUUUGGGGUUCCCUCUGGGAGGCUCUUCCUGAAGGUAACGGCGCAGGGCGCUGGGGGUAUGCUUGUUGUCGGAGCUGGGAGCGGCAUGCAAUGUGUCCUGCGGCAAAGGCACCGCUAGAGAAAUGUGUUGAUAAUGUACGAGCAGCCAGCCGUCUGCCAGAGCCAGUGGUACUCCAGCAAUGGGAAGAAUUCGAAGGAUCCAAGACCGCUUUUGUGCGGCAUGUUAUUCAGUGGCUGUUGCAGGAAUGGCGGCUGAAGCUGGCAGAACGCGAUCCACGAAUCACUGCUGACAUCAUAUUUCGCGAGGCUUCCGAGGUGCAUAACGCCGAGGAAGGUAUUCGACCCCUGCUAGAUCUCAUUACGCGCGCUGAGACGCGCGACAGGAGAUCAAAGUUAAAGAAAGUGCCAGGAACACCUAAGCAUGGGUGCACCUCACAGCGUGAAGACUGGGAUUGCCCGUCCUGUAAGUACCGAAAUCGUGGUGACCGUAUAGAGUGCAGGAAGUGCAAAAAAGAGGACCCAGACUACGUGAUACCCGACGAGUUCCCCAAGCUUGAGCGGGAACUCUUGGAGAAAGUCGGGCAGAUAGUCACCCUGGCCGCAGCACAGGAUUAUGCAGCUGCAACAGAAUUGUUUUUUGCUUUGACCAUUGGAAGUGCCCGUUGGAGCUCCGAUAUCGCGAGCCUCUCGACCGGUACCGCUCCAUCGCGGAAGACACUGGCUGCCCAGGGGCACAUGCAGAGGCAAGCUGCGGAGAUGGCGCCACUGACCUCGAUCGAGGGCAGGGCUUACCUCAACUCCCUCAAGCGUCUCAUCAAUCUGGCUCAGAUCUUGCGGCCGAGUGACGACCCAUUGAAAAACAUGGCGAAGUGAGGGCCUCUCGUCCAAUCGCUGGGCUAGGGGAGCCCGGCCGUGCGAGGCGCAGCACGAGAAGCCGGGGGCCCGCAGGUCUCGGGGCCCCUCAGGCCUCGGGAAGAGCAGAAGAAAUAGAUCGCGAUUGUGCACCCAGAUCUCUCACAGCAGGGUUCUUGUCGUAUGUACCUGCUGUGGUGGCUCGAGGGCCACGAGGGCGACUGGGGUCAGAGCGGGCUCUUUCUACUCGGUGCCUCUGGCCCGCGGCGCAGGACGUGC